GGAGCCAUGUGCACUCCCAGUCUCUUCACCCUCGUCCUGGUCGUGCAGCCGUCCCGCGUCCUCCUGGGCAUGAAGAAACGCGGGUUUGGAGCCGGGCUCUGGAAUGGCUUCGGGGGGAAGGUGCAGCCGGGGGAGAGCAUCGAGGAGGCUGCUCGCAGGGAGCUCCUGGAGGAGAGUGGACUGACUGUGGACACUUUGCAGAAGAUGGGUCAGAUCACGUUUGAAUUUGAAGGCAACUCUGAACUGAUGGAAGUUCACAUUUUCCGGGCAGAUCACUUUCAUGGAGAGCCAACAGAAAGCGAUGAAAUGCGUCCACAGUGGUUUCCGCUGGAUGAGGUGCCAUUCAAUCACAUGUGGGCAGAUGAUGCCUAUUGGUUUCCCCUGCUGCUUCAGAAAAAGCUGUUUCGUGGCUAUUUUAAGUUCCAGGGACAAGACACUAUCCUGGAGCACACUCUGAAAGAAGUGGACGAAGUUUAAGAAAACAGAAGCAUUCAACUUGUGCUGCUGCCCACACUGGGCUAGAACACCACGAGUACUACGUAGAAGGGUGUCCUUUCUCACCAAUCCAGCAAAGGAGACUUAUUUGCCAGGUCACUGAGAAGUAAAGAAAAUAAGGGGUUUUCUUAGAGCAGAAAUAAAAGUAAUGAGAUUUUCCACGCUGUGAAGUCCCUGGCUGUGGCAUACUUCAGUGGUUAUGUGAUCACAACUAUUAAAAACUUAGUGUUAACCUUUUUUUUUUUUUCAGGUGGCUAAUUUUUUAGGCUUUUCCCUCGUGGCUGGAAAUGUUUUUUA